UACUGACAGUCCAUGCGCGUGAUUUCGCGGAUGCUAAUGGUGAAUCUUUAUUAAUUGUGAUAGCAUCUCAGGACGACGAGCUUUGCCGAUUGUAGUUCCGAAGGAUCUCGCAUCGACAUGCGUUGUGCAUUUCAGCUGUUAUCCCUUGCACUUGCCUCAUUGCACAGCCCAGUGGGGCCUCUGCAGUAUUUUCCUUGCAUGGUCGUGUCUGCUCUGGGGUCGGGCUUCGUUAUCUCCUCUUUCGCGACUAGAUUUGUGACCAGUGACCAGUCAAACGUCUGCCUGUGUAACGUUCGUAUCCUUCGUUCGUAUCACUGUCUAUGGUACUAUAAAUAUUACAAUUUUGUACAGCAGGUUAUAGAUACUUGAGCAACGUGAAAUAUGUGUACAGCGGCAAGACAGCGUGGCAUGUCGUAUCUUGAGAUUGUCACCUUCAGACUCGUGACUGAGAUGACACUGGAGCCUGGAGAAGAUGUUCCUAUAUGCAC